AUGUCGAAGCUGUUUGAUCGGGCUGUUGGGAAAUCGGGGCCUGUCUUUAUUGCCAUUGCCGUUCUUCUCAUUGAGCUGUGUGUUCUCGCAUUCUAUCUUGUCGUCUUCCCAUACACCCAUGCUUGGUCUGAUGCGUCACUUGCCGGCAAGCUCUUUACAGCACUCGUCUUCAUUUUCACAUUGUAUAUGGUCUAUUGCAUUCACUUUCACUAUUACAUGGCGAUCAAAACCCAUCCUGGCACCUUACCCAACACGGCAACUGAGACUGGAGAAGGGCACGACAGUGAUCCAUCUGCUAGACAAGUGCUUUUGGAAAUGGAGGAAUAUGCAGGAGAGGCACCCAAGAUGUGUAAAAAGUGUCAUUUGCCUAAAUCCGAACGAGCACAUCAUUGCAGCAUAUGCAACAAGUGUAUUCUAAGAUUCGAUCAUCAUUGUCCUUGGAUACACAAUUGCGUCGGUCACUUUAACCACAGAUACUUUGUUCUCUUUAUGACCUAUCUCGUCAUCUCUGCGGCCUAUUUUAUCUUUUUUGGAUGGCAGCCAUUCAUGCUCUCGUUGGAUCUUUUGAAUGACGAUUGGCCAUAUUAUUAUCCUCGCCCAUUGAUGGCAUUCUCAAUCAUAUUAGCCAUCUGCAUGGGGCUGACAAUAGGUGGACUCUGUUUAUGGCAUUAUUACCUGAUUGUCACGGCACAGACGACGGUGGAGUUUUACAACAAUCACUAUGACAAGAAACAAUGCAAGAGAAUGGGCGAGGUGUUCGUCAAUAUGUACAGUUUUGGGUUCAACGAGAACUUGAGGCGAUUCUUCAAUGUUUGCGAACGAUUUCCAUGGUAUACGAUCCUGUACCCUGUACCAAUACCGCCAAGGGGCAAUGGACGCGUAUUCGAAAAAUCCGAUGAGUUUUAUUUGUUACCCAAAUCACGGCAGCAGGAUCAUUUUGAGAUGCAACAUGAAGCACAAGACAUUGAAGACAAGGAACUAUAG